AUGGCUCUCCCGCCGCGCCUCUCCAGCGUGCUCCUGCUCGUUGCCCUCGCGCUCGCGGCGAUCGUCUUCAGCUCCACCGACGCGGCCCGAGCCCCCGCGGCCCUUGUUGAGGCCCAGGAAGCCGCGGCGGCUGACGGGCGACAGGCACAGCCCCCCACAGGCAGCGACGAUGCCAUGCCGGUCGGUGGAGGCGGCGGCGGAGGCGGUGGAGGAGGCGGUGGUCAUGGCGGAGGAGGCGGAGAAGGUUCCGUCGGCGGCACAAGAGGCUGGGGCUUUGGAGGCGCUGGGUACCACGGUCACGGCCACAAGUCGGCCUCCAGUGGCCACGAUGGCGCCUGGAAGGUGGGCGUCGCGGCCUCGGUUCUGGGCGCCGCCGCCUGGCUGCUGUAG